AGGCUAGAUAGGUUAACCUACACGACAUAUUGUUCUGCAGUCCCUAUACGUUUUCUUCAAGGUGCUGGAUGGCAGGAAGCUUGGCCCAAGUGAAGUACUGGGCCAUAGCACUACCUUCUGUCGCGCCUUACGGUCAGAUGCCAAGCAGUUUACAUACCAGCAUGGAUAAAUUGAGAAAGAUAAGGAUAGUUCUGACAGAAAUCUUGUCAGCGGACGCCAGUUACAUCCUUCAGCAUGUACACCAGGAGGACCUGGUGACUCCACGCGAAUACAGGAGCCUGCACAAUGUCAGUAAAUUACAUCCAGAAGUUUCCAUUGUCGAUCUGCUGGAUUCACUCCUAAUGAAAGGAGGAGAUGAGAAAUGCACUAGAUUCCUGACCCUGUUGCAGAAGCCAGUCAUCAGAUCAACCUACCCCAAACUGGAAGAAAUCAAACACAUCGACAUAGCUCCGGCACCCAGUAGCCCAGCACCCCCAGACGAUGUCCGAGCCUGUGCCUCCUCCACAGUCCACACCCGUCGCCCAACCACAUCAGGUUCAAACAUUCCAACUACUCCUGUGAAAAAGAAUAACCCGAGAUGUACCACUGCGUGUGGAACCAUCACAGACGUUUCUGAAGUGAAGAUGGGGCAGAUGGGGGGGAAAUACUACCAAGCUGUUCUAAACCAAGAGGAUGGGCCCAUGGUCAUUCUCAUUUUGGAUCUAGAGAAACGAAAUAACUUUCUAGGAGCAGAGAAGAGAAGGUCUUCUGUAAAGUUGAAGAGAAUCUCAUUCGAGAAACUUGGAAUUAACAAGUACCAAGAGGGGAUAAAGUUCACAAACAAAUCUGAAUUGGCUUACACAAGAGUCAAAAACACUAAAAAGAUGUAACCCACUACUGAUGAAAAAGAAUAAACAUUAAAAAAAAAACUAGAAUGAAAUUUUAAGGGUGACCUACUGACCAGACCAGAGGCAAUUCAUUAACUACCUAGCCUACAUUAUGUAAAUACAGUGCCUUAAGAAAGUAUUCACAUCGCUUAACUUUUUCCACAUUUAGUUGUAUUACAAGGUGGGAUUAAAAUUGAUUUGUCAUUUUUUGUCAGUGACCUACACACAAUCCUCUGUAGUGUCAAAGUGGAAGAAAGAUUCAAACUUUUGUAAAAAAAACAAAACAUGAAAAAUACAACAUUAAUAUAUCUUGAUUGCAUAAGAAUUCAACCCCCUGAAUUAAUACAUGUUAAUAACUUCUGGCAACAAUUACAGCUGUGAGUUUCUGGGUAAAUCUCUUAAGAGCUUUGCACACCUGGAUUAUACAAUAUUUGCACGUUAUUCUUAUUUUAAUUCUUUAAGCUCUGUCAAGUUGGUUGUUGAUCGUUGCUAGACAGCCAUUUUCAUGUCUGCCAUAGGUUUUAAGCCAAUUUAAGUCAAAACUAUAACUAGGCCACUCAGGAACAUUCAAGGGUGUCUUGGUAAACAACUCCAGUGUAUAUUUUGCAUUGUGUUUUAGGUUAAUGUCCUGCUGAAAGGUGAAUUUGUCUCUGAGUCUUAUGGAAAGCAGAUUGAACAAGCUUUUCCUCUAGGAUUUUGCCUGUGCUUAGCUCUAUUCCGUUUCUUUUUAUAAAAAAAACCCUCCUUAGUCCUUGCCCAAUGACAAGCAUACCCACAACAUGAUGCAGCCACCACCAUGCUUGAAAAUAUUAAGACUGGUACUCAAUGAUGUGUUGUGUUAGAUUUGCUGCGAACAUAACACUUUAUAUUUAGGACAUAAAGUUAAUUUCUUUUUCACAUUUUUCUCAGUUUUACUUUAGUGCUUUAUUGCAAACAGGAUGCAUGUUUUAGCUUGUACAAAAUAAAAUAUUCUUUCUUCUUUUCAUUCUGUAAUUGUU